AUGGCCCAAAACCAACACUCUGGCGCUCCGCCUAGCUACGAGGACUCACAGAUGGCUUCCUCCUCAGCCUCAGCCUCAACCUCAGCCUCAAUUCAACCACCACCAUAUCACAACUGGCAAGAAGCCGUCCCCGAUACAUCGAUUUUCCCACCACCCCCAGUAUCAGGCUACUACAGUUCAGGCGCAGGUAACGCCUCCGCCACCGACGCAGAUCGAGCCCACCAAUUCUGCGACUCAACCCCACUCUGGACCCCAGUCUUACCAUCAUCAACCGUCUGGAACGAAGUGCACACCCACGACAUCCGACCCGUACAGCCGCGUGAAUUCCACGGCAAGUUAACCACAACGUCCCGCGGUCAUUGGAAGGGAAGCUCAACCGAUCGGAACGGCGACUGUGUCCUAUUGACGCAUUUACCGUUGUACUUUGCCGCGGUGGAUUCCCCAUUCGCGCAGAGCAGGAAGAAGACGAUUUAUUUUGAACUCAAGUUGAAGGGUCUUCGCGCUGGGCCGGGUUCCGGUGGUGAUGGUGACGAUGCAUCCGGGUUCACGAUGGGAUUUGCAGCGGGCCCUUAUCCUUCUUGGAGAUCUCCUGGUUGGGAACGGGGUAGUUUGGGCGUAUGCUCUGAUGAUGGGUGUCGAUUUGUGAAUGAUUCAUGGGGAGGGCGAGACUUCACAACACCGGUUCAGAUCGGCGAGACGGUUGGUCUGGGCAUGGUCUUUGAUAUUCCGGAUCGUCCGAUUUUGAGCGCCGACGACAGCAAGAAGUCGAAAAGGUGCAAAGUGGAGGUCUUUUUCACCCGUAAUGGGCGACCUGCUGGUGGGUGGAACUUGCACGAAGAAGUAGAUGAGGAUUCUGGCGGGGUUAAUGGCUUAGAAGGGGACUUUGACCUGUAUGGGGCCAUUGGGUUGUUUGGUGGCGUCGACUUUGAGUCUUGCUUUGACCCUGCAGGGUGGCUCUGGAAGCCUACGUAG